GUCAUAGUUCACAUAAUGGAGGAUUUAGAGAUGCUGCUUUAAUUGCUUCUAAAUUAUGGAAAAAUCUUAAUUAUGAUGAACAAGAAUAUUAUGAAUUAAUUUCACAAUUACGUCAAUUUGAAUCUGGAUUAAAUCCAUAUGAUUUACCUUAUAUUGAAAAUAUAGAUACUCUAGAUUUAUGA